ACCGAUAAUGUCAGAAAGAUAUCCUGAAUGGUUAAAAAAAGAACAGGAAAAUGGAAAUAUAACUGUUUAUAAAUUUUCACAAUUUAAGAAUGUUGAAAUUAUUGGAAACGGAGUUGAGGUGUUUAUUACAAAUUCUAAUCGAAGACUUAUUCCUAUUAUAACCAGAAACGUCACUUCUACUUUAUUUCCCAUUGAUCUAAAUCUACCGAUACCUAGCUUAAAACCUCAAAAGGAGGAC